AUGUUCAAUCAAAGGAAAAUUAAUGCUUAUUUAUUACUCGCCAUUGUGACCACAAACUGCGUUUUGCUCACUUACGCCUACCCACAAAAUGAGGCCUACCAGCGACGAAUUCAAAGCAGUUCCCCGCAGCAGCAGCUGCAACAACAACAACAACAACAACAGCAACUCUCACCUGUCUACUAUCCCGAAACAAGCGUAAAUAGCGGUCGCAAGUUUGCAGUUAAACCAAAUGCCUCAAAGAAAGUGGCAUUAGACGACAUCGAGGAUGACAUAGAAAGCAAUCAAAUACAAGAGUCCACCAGUAAUGCAUUCUCCUGGUCGAACAUGUUGUCCACAGUCUUAACGAUGUUCUUCAAUGGUAAUGCCAACAAUGCGCCCACAAAAUCGGAUGAUGUUGACAAUACAAUCGGUUUUGGUGGUUCUCCGUGGGCGAAUGUUAUUUCAAUGGGCUUGAAAAUCAUAAAUACACUAUUGGGCGGAGGUGCACCAAGCGAUGGCAUUGAUAAAGUCGACAAUGGCGGUUCACCGAUGCAGGGCAUCUUAGCAGCAGUGCUGUCUUCGGUUCUUGGCACCAAAGAUCCAGAUCAAGUAAAUUCAAUGGCCAAACAAGCUGGAGAGUUCAUACAAAUUGUGAUGAAUCUAUUGGAUGCACUGAAGACUUCAUUCUCGCAUCGUUCGUUGACUGCGCGCUCGCUGGGCAAACGUGAUUCAGUAAGCGAUGCCACCGUUGCAGGUAUUUCGAUGCUUAAAGGUUAUGUGCGCACCUACCGUAAUGCGGAUGAGAAAUGCAUGCAACGUUAUAUGUGCGAAGCGAAUACGGAGUGCUUACGCGAGAUUGGUGGCAGCAGCAUCUUCUGCCAAUUGGGAUCUUAUGCUACCAGUUUUCUACUGGACCGCACCAGUGACGCACAGUUCGAGCACAUCUAUGAAGCCGGACGCAGAGGGCGUUCAGGUUUCGACUGCAAUCAACUUUAUCUCGAAUGUAAUGAAGUUUAAUCCGAUGUUGAUGUCGUUUGUGCAAAAUGUUGGCUAAGAUACU